GACAAUUUCCGUCAGUUUGACUCGCAGCUCCCGACCGCGUUGAACUUACUUUUUUUUUGUUUUCAACUUACAUUUAAACGACAAUUUCACCUUUUUUUAGUUCCCAGUAACUCUAAAAAGAGAAUUGAGACGUAUACAUCCUAGGUUUGAGCGCUAAGGGGGUAGUUUUGUGUCACAUUCCUCCUCGAGGCCCAAGCGGAGCUCCAGCUCCAAAAGUUUGUUGUUGUCACGUGACGCGACACGAAUGUGGCGAUAAAAAAAAAAAAAAAGUUUGUUUAGAUAGUAAAACUAGGUGGCGUACUACACUUUUUUCAGAACCCAUUCGAACAUCGUUUACGCCGCAAUGCCUCAACCCAAAUACCGAAAGAUCGCCGUUAUAGGGUACCGGUCCGUAGGAAAGUCAUCUCUCACGAUACAGUUUGUGGAAGGGCAGUUUGUUGACUCCUAUGACCCCACCAUUGAAAACACCUUUAAUAAAAUGGUAAAUGUGAACGGUCAAGACUUCAAUCUUCAGCUAGUUGAUACAGCUGGACAAGAUGAAUACUCAAUUUUUCCACAAUCCCACUCAAUGGACAUCCAUGGUUACGUCCUUGUGUAUUCAGUGACUUCAAUGAAAAGUUUUGAAGUUGUGCAGGUUCUACACGACAAGCUGCUAGAUAUGGUUGGGAAAAUUCAGGUUCCAACUGUUCUUGUAGGGAACAAAAAAGAUCUCCACAUGGAAAGGGUGAUCAAACCAGAGGAAGGAAAAAAACUUGCUGAUUCCUGGGGUGCUGCCUUCAUGGAAUCUUCAGCCAAAGAGAAUGAGACCGCCGUAGAGGUUUUCAAGCGGAUCAUUCUGGAGAUGGAGAAGGCUGACGGGAAUGCACCUCCAGAGGAGAAGAAGUGUGCUGUGAUGUAAAAGUGUAUCCAGGACAUCAGUAAGUUAUUUUACUGAAGACUGGAGGCACAACUUCACCAGCUUGCCAAUCAUGACCUCACCAAUAUCAAGAUGCUGUGGUGGACUGUUUCUGCUCAGUAAAAUAAGAUUGAUUUGUAUGUCAAAGCAACUGUCCAGACAGUUGAUACCCUCUCUCAUUAAAUGUAACCACAAGAAGAUGUUUCUGGAGAAGGAUUCACCUCUGUUUCAAACAAAGAAUCACCUUCAGUGGACACUUCCUCAAAGACUCAAAUGUAAACUGGACAAAAAUCUGGAUUUUGAAUUCAACCAAAUGCUCAGAAAGAAAAAAAAAUCUUAAACUGGGUUCUAAAGUUUGAGAUCAGUGGUUUGUGUCUCAUAAUUCUGAGUAAAUUAGUUGAUAUACAAUGAGGGCUGGUUGAUGACCAUUCUGAAGAUUGGUGUAUUAUUUCAACAUGUCUUUUUUGACUAAUUCAGUCACAGUUCACAUUGCCGUAAAUGUGGUCUAAAAGUGUCACUAUUUCUCACAAAUGGUGGAUUUCUAUGAUGACACUGUAACAUGAUUUCAUGUAAGAAAUCUAAUGGUUUCACAGUUCUUGCUGUCAUUUUUAUGAACUCAUCUUCAGGUACCAUUCACCAGUGACUAUGGACUUGUCAUGGUGUAGAAGUCUGGCGUAUGUUUUACAUCUCAUCAUUUAAGGUCUUCUAAGCAGAUAAGCCCCACCACCCCCCCUUUCUGUAGUAUUUUUUCCCCCCUGUCAAUAGAUAAGAUGUUAUCUUAUUGACAGCAUUUAGUAUAGAUUGGAAUAGUUUUUUGCUCUUUACCAGUUAUGGCCUUUUGAUGCAACAAAAAUAAAAUCUUUGAAUUUGGUUUGGUACUAUUGGUUAUAUCUGGACUGAUGCAGUACAAGUUUGUAUACAUUAAAAUUACGAACCUUGAGUUCCAAUUUUUUUUAACUGAAUUUUAACAUGUAAGACUAGUUAAAAGGCUGAAAGUCACAGCUAGCUUAGUAUUUUGAGUUAUUGGCUCAUGCAUUCUUGAUAGACUCAAGCCAGUGUGGCGAGUGGCCUGUUUAAUGAUUUGUCACUGUCAGACGGUCCCUUUGGCCUUAAAAAUACAUGGAAUCUGAAUUUGUUCCCCCACACACAUAUUAUACCUGUAGUGGAUAAUGACUUGAUCAAAUGCUUUGCGUAAAUAGUUAAAUAAUGAAAAUAGUUGAGCAGAAGCUGGUGAUGCUGUGUCUUGUGCCUUACAGUUGUUCAAACUUCCACAUCUACUUCCUUUCCUUGACUCAAGGUGCUCUUGAAAGGGUUUUGUCUUUUUCUUUUUUUUUUUUUUUUUUUUUCCUCCCUUCUGUUGAGUUGACACCAUGGGUACAGGUGUUGUGCACCUGAACACCAAUAUUCCCUCGUGGGUCAUUCUUGAUUCAGAAAUCUUGCUGUAAACAGUUUUGUAAAUAAAUAAAUCUGUCACUCA